CUACUACUAUUACAGCUCUCUUUGGAUCUAUCUAUUACUCUUUCCUUCUUUCUCUCUUUUUAUUAUUUAUUGAAAACACUGUCACUACUACUCAUUCGAAAAAUAUCUUUUUUUUCUUAACAAGUACAUACCAUGUUUCCUCCUCCCCUCCUGCAUUGGCGUUGUUUCUUCCUCUUCUUUUUCUUCCUUACUAAGUGACCUUACUACUGUGGUAGGAGGGAGCGAAUACCUCCUACUCCGUCAGCCGGUCACUACUACUGUUACCACUACUCCAACAACGUCCAUCUACUACUGUUAUCUCUUAACCGACACUCGUUUAUUUUUCUCCCAUCUUUUUUUUUUGAUAAAGUGUCAUAACGUAACUGCCACUCUCACCACAGUUUUUACUAGCAGCCCUCCUACCUCGCUUGCUACAACUUCUCCUACCACCGCUCUGAUCAGUACUCCCACUGCCAAUGUCUGGUGCCAGUAGUCCUACCAUUGUGAUACUAGGCAGCACCAGCACACACCGACUACUACUACCAAUAUCUCUAACAGGGUGGUGGUAGGACAGUGUUGUGUCGGGGGGGUGGUUAGCUUCCCCUGCCACUCUAGGAAACGGAUUGCAAGAAGAACAUCAGCUGAGUUAGCUUAAAGCCCCUCACUGUAUAGUGUAUCCUGUGUUUUAGGGAGAUCUUUACUACCCCCGUUGUCUCAAUCUGUAGUGAGUAUAGGUGGGAGGAGUCCUGGCUUCGCAAGGCUCUGUGUGUGUGCCCGGCCUGGCCACAGUCAGCCCCGUGCGGGUCAACAGCAGGCCGUGCCCACCAAGGUCCGGCCGACAUGAGCAGCGACAGCAGGCCAAUCAGCAAUACCAAUCACACCGGGGACAACACCACAAAGCCCCUAAAAUGAACGUGAAUGGCUGCCCGCAUCUCAGUGCUUUCAAAUCAGCCAAGGGAACCGAACCAUUCCGGAUAAUCCAUGCUUACUUCAUUGCCUGUUCGUCAGCUGAUGCCCGAAGAAUCAAGGCUGAGAAGUGUCUCUGUCAUACCUGCCAUCAAGGCUCUGUAAGGCUCCAUGCUUGUUUAGAGUGUGUCUUUUUUGGCUGCUUCCAGGCAAAACACAUCCAUGACCAUGCAAAAAACAAAAGUCAUAACCUAGCUGUAGACCUUUCCUAUGGAGCUGUCUAUUGUACCCCUUGUGGGGACUAUGUUUAUGAUAAAGAAUUAGAAGACUUAGCCAAAGAUCAGAUCAGGAGAUCAGCUUGUUCACUAGGAAUCAAAGAACAAUUUUCACCGUGGGAACCUGACCAAUGUGAAGUGGAUUUACUUUCCAAAAAUAGAAAAAGGCUAAAAGUAGAAGACAACUCUACUAUUGGUCUACGAGGUCUCAUUAACCUGGGAAACACUUGUUUCAUGAAUUGUAUUGUCCAAGCCCUGACGCACACACCAAUUUUAAGGGACUUUUUUCUAGCUGAUCAGCACGUCUGUCAAAUGGAUAGUGAAGCUCAAAAAUGUCUGGUGUGUGAAAUGUCUCGUCUUUUCCAGGAGUUUUAUUCUGGUAAUCGUGCACCACACAUCCCAUACCGUCUGUUACAUCUGGUGUGGACAAAUGCUCGACAUCUUGCUGGCUAUGAGCAGCAAGAUGCCCAUGAAUUCCUCAUAGCCGCAUUAGACGUCUUACAUCGACACUGUAAAGGAACCAAUGGUAUCUCUUAUAACAAUCCUCAUCACUGCAACUGUAUCAUCGAUCAAAUAUUUACGGGUGGUUUGCAGUCAGAUGUUACAUGUCAAGAGUGCAAUAAUGUUUCCACCACAAUCGAUCCUAUCUGGGACAUAUCUUUAGAUCUGGGCCCUGGACCUCCUUGCAGCAUCCCAACUACAGCCCCAAGCAGUAAUAACAAUAAUAACAGUAAUAACAACAGUAACACCAACAACAAUACUAACACCACAACAAGCACCACAAACACAACAACUAACACCACUUCUAGUUGCAGUUCAAACAAUACCACUUCAAAUAGCAACAAUGGUUCAGCUAAUUCUCCAAGUUCAAGUUUCUCAAAUAGUCCAGGGAAUUAUGAACCAACCUCAUUAGUAGAGUGUUUAAAACGAUUUACCAAACCAGAACAUUUGGGCAGCUCUGCAAAAAUCAAAUGUAGCAGUUGUCAUAGUUACCAAGAAUCUACAAAACAGUUGACCAUGAAAAAACUGCCAGUGGUUGCAUGCUUCCAUUUAAAGCGGUUUGAACACUCCACGGGUUACCACAAGAAGAUCUCCACAUUUGUGUCAUUUCCAGAAGAAUUGGACAUGACUCCAUUCAUGUCAUCAUCACGCAGUAACAACAAUGGUUAUCGAAAUCAAGUUGUCCAAGAAUCUGCCAAAAGUCUUUCCUGUGAUAACAAAUACUCACUAUUUGCUGUAGUGAACCACAGCGGCACAAUAGAAACUGGACAUUAUACAUGUUACAUCAGGCUGCACAAAAACCAGUGGUACAAAUGUGAUGAUCAUAUGAUCACCAAAGCUACACCACAAGAGGUUUUGAAUAGUGAAGGGUAUUUGCUGUUCUACCACAAACAGAUCUUGGAAUAUGAAUGACAUUCUUACGAAGACUGAUACACACAUACACUACACAAAAACAUAAGACUUUUUAUCUGCUGCUACUGCUGUUGUAAUCACACCUCUGGUUUCUACUUUGGCUAUAAUUACAGAGCAAAAUGGAAGAAAAAAAAUGAGGGGUGGAGCAGGAUGGGUAGUGGUAGUGGCGAGGAGUAAAUGUUAAUCCACCAACCACCACCGCCACCAUCUUCUACCCACCAGAAAAAAAUUUUUUCAGUGCCAUGUUUUGGCUGUCAUUGUCCAAAAGUCUUGGCUGUUUCUCUGCCCACCGUCUGGCCAACAGAUAUGUUAUUGAGUUUUUUUUUUUAAACCUACCCCCAACCCCACCUUAUUUCCAACACUUCUCCCCCACUCUUAUCCCUUAUCUCUCUUCCCUUCCCCUCCCUUCCCCUCCCUUCCCCAUCCAGUAAUGUUUAUUCUUGUGAGAAAAGCAGAUGUCUUGCUU